UAUUUUUCUUAUCAAAUUUAAGCGAUUUUUGAAUGAAAAUAGAAAGAAAAGACACAUUUUAUAUAUUUUUUGGUUCAAGUUUCAUGAAAUCAGGUAAAAAUCACAUCCAUAAUAUGUUUAGCGGGAUUUCGGGUCAAUUGAGCACAAAAUGAGUCAAUUUGAGUGACAAAUGCAUUUAUACCGGAAGAAGCAAGCAUUUUAUCAAGGUGAUUCAGAAGACAAAAAUGAAGAGCAGGAAAAGCCGCAUCUACCAGACAAAAAUAGCAGAAGGCGCCCAAAUAGGCGCCCAAAAUGAAGGCCUUCGCGGCCGCCUACGGUAUUUUUGGAAAGUCAAACUUUGACUUUGACCGGAUUCGGAAAAGACCGUAGGCCGCCGACACUGGACGGAAGGCGGCCGCCUACGGUGACCGCCUGCGGCAGAAGACGACGAAGCAACCGCCGGCCGGUGGGAUUUGACGGCAGGCGGCCAGACAGGAACGGCAGGCGGCCGCCUGCUGGACCGCCUGCGGCGGCCGGGAUCCGCCGUGAUCCGAUUUGACAAGGAAAAGACGGCAGGCGGCCGAUGUGUGACGGAAGGCGGCCGCCCUCUGUGGCCGCCUACGGCUGACGGGGACCGGCCACCGACCGCUGUCGGCGACGAAGACGGCAGGCGGCCGGAGAGAGGCGGAAGGCGGCCGCCUGGUUGGCCGCCUUCGGGGAAAUUUCUCCUAUAAAUAGCCCGAUUUUUCCUCAACUCAAACACACCUCUUCCAACCCUAAAUCAGUUCAAAACACCUUCUUUCUUCCUCCAUUUUCGAGCUCCAAAGGGUUUAGAGAGAGAGAAACUUCAAAUCUUCAUAUCUUCUUCAUUUUAGCUCCAAAUUAUGUCUGGAGGAAGACGUGACGAUCCCAUUUUCGAGGAGCCACCACUAGGACGGGAAGACCCGCCACCUCAGCCUGAUAUCCCAUUUGCUACUAUUGCUGAUCGCAGACGCUUCCAGGCAUGGGGGCAAUACCGCACACUCCUUCCUCCCAUGAUCCUGGACCCGACGAUGCUAGAGGAAUGGGGGUACUGGGAUGAGAUUGAUUCCCUGCUAGGAGACUCUUUAUGGCGGAGGAUUCUAUUCGUUCAGGAGAGGGCCAGCCUUCCAUUGACGAUGGAGUUUCUGUGCUCCGUUCAGUUCACUCAUUACGGACAGGCUGUGCAGGAGGGUGCUGUUAUUGGGUCAGAGUCUCGGAUGAGGUUUACUAUUCUAGGCAUGGAGCACUCCAUCACUGUGGCUGAGCUCGGAUGGAGGAUGGGGCUCUAUACCCCAGCAUACACACAGACUGAGGAGUUCCGUGCUCUUCCGACCCGCUUACCCGAGGCAUUUGACAUUGAUGAGUUCUGGCACAGACACUCCACAGACACCAGAUCAUUUCUCCGGAUGCACCCCCAUUCGAACAAAUGGAGGGCGACUCACUGGUACAUACUCUCGUUCGUACUUUCUUGUGGUUUUUUUGGACGACCUAACAACACAAACAGGUUGUCCAAAAAGGACAUACUAUUCUUUUGGAGUUUGAUUCACCGCAUCCCGGUGAAUAUGGCUGUCCUUAUGGCUCGUUUCUUCCGGAGCCAGGGGAAGACUGUGCGGCGCACUAUCCAGGCAGGGCCUUUCAUCACUACUCUCGUUAGAUCAUUCUACCCAGAUCUAGACAUUCCAGGACUAGUGCACUUACAGGAUAGCAUCCGCGUUCUCCGAUCCUCAUCCUUUACCAACAUGAGGAUCAAGAAGAAGCGGAACACUCAGGAGCUCCCAGGUAUUGAGCAGCCGACCCAGCAGAGUAGUUCUUCUCGACCCUCAGGACAUGAGGGAUCUAGCGAGCCCUUUUCAUACAUGCCUAGCGCCGCAGAUUGGAGAGCGAUGAUGGAUGGGAUGAGGAGUCUACAGACCUCAGUCUCAGAGAUGCGGGUUGCACAGGACAGAGGAUUCCAGGAGAUGCGAGAUGCGCAUGAGACGGCCCUGGGAGAGUUCAGAGACUUUCGAUUAGCUCAGGAGAGAGCCACCCGGGAUAUGCAGGCGGAGCUAGAGACCCAGAGGCUAGAUAUUGAUGAGAUGAGAGAUUGGCUUAGGCCACACUAUGGCCCUCGGGAUUACGCAGGCGAUGCUUAGUUUUGCUUCUUCCUUAACAUUUUUUAUUGUGUUUGUUUGUUUCUUCAGGUUGGACAUUGCGCUGCUCUUUUGACUUGAAUGCUCUUACAAACUGACUAUGAAUGAUGUAAGGAUUUUAAAAAAACCAUUUUACUCCUGUUUCAUUAUUCCUCUUCACAAAAUCUUUUCAAAACUCAAGUGUGAGGAAAGAACCAAAAAAAAAAUGUGCCUUUAUUUCCCAAUUUUGUGCCUCAAAAGAAGACCUCGAGGGCGAGGUCCAGCUCAAGUGUGAGGAGGUUGCGUUUUACACUCAAAAGUCAAAACCUUGUUUUAGAACAAUCUUUUUAUUAUUUUUGAUAUGAAACAUUAAUUUCUCAAUUUGUUAUCAAUUCACAAAAUAGUUUAGAAAAUCACCCUUAUUAUAAGAAUUUACUAUUAUUAUUAUUUUUGAAAACUUAAAAUUGUUAUGGGUUUUUGGUUGCGAAUGUAAAGGUCUGAAUUUGUUUUAAUUGGACAUUCAUUUUAUUCAUUAAAAAAAAAUGUUACUAUUAAUAAACCUCUUCAAAACUCAUUGUUAUAGGACAAUUCCAUCUCCGAAAAGGGGCUCUGUUUCAUUCGCUAAUCACAGUCUGUGAGAAUGAAAUAUGCAUUUACCAUGGGAUAACACCGCCAACAAGAGUGAAAAAGAGCAAAAAAAAAAAAAUGGUGAACAAGAUGAAUGUCCAAAUUAGAAUAAUGAAAAUCUUGGGAUAAGGAAUUGAUUGGUGGUUUAACAUAAUAAAUAGUUUUUCUUAAGUAAUACUAAUUUUAAAUUCUUGUAUUUUGGGUGAUUUUUCUAAAAUGUUUAAAAAUUGAAAAUAAAAGAUGAGAUUUUUGUUUCUACUUCUUUAAAAUAACAAUUAGAUUGUAAUACAGUUAGGCUUUACCUUUUGAGUGUGUUUACAACUAAUUCGUCGCUUGAGGACAAGCAACGCUUAAGUGUGAGGAGAUUGAUAAGUCCAUUUUUGAACUUAUUUUUCUUAUCAAAUUUAAGCGAUUUUUGAAUGAAAAUAGAAAGAAAAGACACAUUUUAUAUAUUUUUUGGUUCAAGUUUCAUGAAAUCAGGUAAAAAUCACAUCCAUAAUAUGUUUAGCGGGAUUUCGGGUCAAUUGAGCACAAAAUGAGUCAAUUUGAGUGACAAAUGCAUUUAUACCGGAAGAAGCAAGCAUUUUAUCAAGGUGAUUCAGAAGACAAAAAUGAAGAGCAGGAAAAGCCGCAUCUACCAGACAAAAAUAGCAGAAGGCGCCCAAAUAGGCGCCCAAAAUGAAGGCCUUCGCGGCCGCCUACGGUAUUUUUGGAAAGUCAAACUUUGACCGGAUUCGGAAAAGACCGUAGGCCGCCGACACUGGACGGAAGGCGGCCGCCUACGGUGACCGCCUGCGGCAGAAGACGACGAAGCAACCGCCGGCCGGUGGGAUUUGACGGCAGGCGGCCAGACAGGAACGGCAGGCGGCCGCCUGCUGGACCGCCUGCGGCGGCCGGGAUCCGCCGUGAUCCGAUUUGACAAGGAAAAGACGGCAGGCGGCCGAUGUGUGACGGAAGGCGGCCGCCCUCUGUGGCCGCCUACGGCUGACGGGGACCGGCCACCGACCGCUGUCGGCGACGAAGACGGCAGGCGGCCGGAGAGAGGCGGAAGGCGGCCGCCUGGUUGGCCGCCUUCGGGGAAAUUUCUCCUAUAAAUAGCCCGAUUUUUCCUCAACUCAAACACACCUCUUCCAACCCUAAAUCAGUUCAAAACACCUUCUUUCUUCCUCCAUUUUCGAGCUCCAAAGGGUUUAGAGAGAGAGAAACUUCAAAUCUUCAUAUCUUCUUCAUUUUAGCUCCAAAUU